AUGAGUCAGGUAGUCAAGAUCUGUGGACUCAAGUCUGUCGCCGAGGCGGAAGUGGCAGCUAGCAGCGGGGCGCAUCUGCUGGGAGUGAUUGUGGUGCCGAAUAGAGCAAGAACCGUGGACCCUGAGCAGGCGAGACAGAUAAGUCAGUUGUGCAAGGCGAGACGGCGGUCGCUGGGGCGCGAGUUUGUGGACUCCAGAAAACUCCUUGAGCAUCUACGAAAAUCAGACGCUAAAGGGCCCGACUGGUUUCGGCACUGUGCGCGGCUAAUCAUCGAGAACGGGCCAUACUUGGUCGGGGUAUUCAGAAACCAGCCUUUGGACGACGUCGUGAAGCUGUCGCAGGACCUGGAGCUGGACUUUGUGCAGUUGCACGGGUCAGAGGAUUUUUCGCUCUAUGCUAAUCACCUUGAUCUGCCCGUAAUCGCCAGAUACGUGCUCAGCAAGCCCAACAUAGCAGAGGCUACCAAAACGCACCUACAUGUACUUCCGCUGCUGGACUCGGAGCUCGGGGGCGAGGGCAGGGUCAUCAACUGGGAGGACGCCGAAGAGUUUAACAGGCAGUACGAGGGCGUUUUCCUGCUGGCAGGCGGCCUCAACCCAGACAAUGUGCGCCUGGCGUUGUCGGUGCAAGGAUGCAUUUCAUUGCCACUGCCAACUAUGUAG